ACUUACAGCACUUUGAAUGUUGCUGAAAUGUGUUAUAUAAAUAAUAUUGAUUGAUUGAUUGUUGUUUCCAGGUGAGGCGGCGCCAUGUUGGACGCUCCACUCACCAGGAACUUGUCCCACUCCAGCUUCCGGUUCAGAUGUUUUCCGGAGCUGCAGGACCGCCGCUGGAUUCUGGCGCUGCUGUUCUUCCUCUGCUUCCUGUCGGUGCUGCUGGGAAACUCUGCGCUGCUCUACGUGAUCCGCAGGGUGGCGCGCCUGCACAGCCCCAUGUACGUCCUGGUGAGCCUGCUGUGCGUGGUGGACGCCCUGCUGGCCUCCGCCAUCCUCCCCAACAUGCUGCUCAACCUGCUGUUCGACUGGAGCCACGUCUCGCUGACCGGAUGUCUCAUCCAGAUGUUUUCCACGUACUUCCUGUCGUCGCUGGAGUCCACGCUGCUGCUGGUGAUGGCGCUGGACCGCUACGUCGCCAUCUGCCAGCCGCUGCGCUACGCGGACAUCAUGAGCUCCUCCGCCUUCCUGAAGCUGCUCGUCUUCGCGCUCCUGCGCAGCGUCUCCAUCAUGUCGGCGCUGGUGGUUCUGGCCGGUUCUCUGUGGUUCUGCGGCUCCAACGUCAUCCAGCACUGCUACUGCGACCACAUGGCGCUGGUCCGCCUGGCCUGCGUCAGUACGCAGAGGAACCAGGCGGCUGGGCUGGCGGUGAUCGUCUGUUUCGUGGGUGUGGACAUCCCCGUCAUCUUCUUCUCCUACGUGAAGAUCGUGAAGGUCGUGGUGAGGGCGGCGGCGGCCAGCGAGGAGCGCAUGAAGGCGCUUCACACCUGCAGCACGCACCUGAUGGUCAUGGUGUGUUUCUACCUGGUGGGCACCAUCGCCUUCCUGUCCGGCAGCAUCAACAUCCCCAUAGCAACGGGCAUCAACACCCUGAUGGGCGUCGCGUACAUCCUGAUCCCCGCGACGGUCAAUCCCAUCAUCUACGGUGUUCGUACCAAAGAGAUCCGCCGAGGCCUUCAGAGGAUGUUCCAGAUCUCAGCUCCGAAGGUUUCUUCUGGAAAACGACUAACAUCCGGUCAGGAGCCCACAAGUCUGACUCUUCAAAAGUAACGCAGUGUAAAGUAUUUAUGAACCGAAAGCCUCCAUCUUAAUUAGUAUCAUGACUUUAACCAACACUGAGACAAAUUAGGAGCCAAAAUAAUCCGGUUCUCAAAGGCCGCACCUGAUUGGACCAGCAGGUCAUUGUGGGCGGAUCCCAGUGUGAACAGGAAGUGUUUUCAAUAACAUCAACAAAUAAAAAACAUUUAGUUGUGCUAAACCUGAAGCACUAAUCAUAGACAUUAGCUGGGCUAACAAUAAAGCGCAUUAGCUUCUGGUAUUUAGCGGAAGCUAAUGCUAAUGUGCUAAAUUCCACCAUAUUGAUAUCCAACAUGGCGGAAGAGGAAGUGGAACUGCUGUGUAAACAGUCCUCAUCCACUUCAAAAUAAGAGCACGAACAUAGUUAAAGAAUUCAUAACAGUCAUUAAUCUAAAUUUACAUGUUUAACUUUAUUCAACUGAAAGUUUGCAAAACAGUAAAUCAACAUUUUAAAAUUUAUCUAACAAAUUAAUGAAGCAGAAGCUAAGUGCGCUAAGGGCUAAAGUUAGCCAAUAUGGCGCUAAUAAUUAGAAGAGUUCCCACUGCUAAAAUUAAUGCCAUCAUUUCUAUUUUUUUAGAAUAUGUCUAACUUCCUCCUCUGGCAUCAAACUGUCUUUUAUUUCUUCAGUGUCACAUUCCAGCUGUUUUAAUGAGUAAAGAUCCUCUAUGACUGUACAGAUAUUUAAUAAUACCUUAUCAUUAUAUUUAAAAAUAAAAUCAAUUUUGUAAGUGAAAUAAUGUGAAACUGGAAAAAGCUGUUAAAAAACUAAAACAGUUUUGAUCACAAACGUCAGGCUGAAUAUCAUGACUGGCAGUGAAAACACUCAGAGCUUCUAACAGUGUUUUUAUUAAAGACUGUGGGGAAUAUACACGUUUCUCUGACAAUAUCAAAAUAAACCACAACUGGAACUAAAGUAUAAACAGACAUGAUGUGUUUCUUCCUCAUCCUCCGACUUCGAGUCUCCAAGACAACCUGGUGUCAAACAUCUGUCAGAAAAUACAAGUUCAGAAUCUCACUUCAUAUUAAAAUCAGCAAAUAUUAAACAGAA